AUGAUUCAAGGCACCUAUGGAAUCCUCUCCGUGGCAUCGUCGCUCGUUGGUUGGAUGCCCAUCUCUUCAUUUGGAGACAUCCCGCACCAUCCUACUAUCUUACGCCCUCUACUCGAACCGUACAAUUUCUAUUCUACAGGCGGCAGAUCUAUGCAAAUAAAGCAUGCCCUAAAUGACCUUAGAGUAUUCGCAUGCGGCAGUGGGGUCAGGGGAUGUCACAUCCUGCCAGGGCCACGAGUCGUUUAUGACAGGAGAACAAAACGGAAUCCAAUCUCUUCCGCCUAUCGCUUGAUUAGGAAGCGAUCUCAUACCUCACGUUCUUGUUCGCAAAUCAGUCCUACCCUGGAAAGGGGAAGACGAACAGAUGGUGCCCCCUCCUUGGAAGAGACUCAUCAUCAACAUAAGUUGCGGCUUGCUACGAAGUUAAGGGAAAUCGUUGCAUGGUGA